AUGGGUCCUUACGAGGUUCUUAGGUUUGUGUUUUUGGGAGCAAUCACAUUUCUUUGCAUGGUACAGGGCCACUUCCAUUACUAUGACUUUGUUUUGAGAGAAGUCAAUUUUACAAGAUUAUGUAGCACGAAGAGUAUGUUAGUAGUGAAUGGUAGUUACCCGGGACCUGUGAUUCGUGUUCACAAAGGAGACACAACAUUUGUUAACGUUCACAAUCAAGAAAAUUAUGGUGUCACCGUUCACUGGCAUGGAAUGAAGCAACCAAGAAAUCCAUGGUCAGACGGACCAGAGUAUAUCACACAGUGUCCCAUUGCACCUGGAACAAACUUCACCUACGAGGUCACAUUUUCCAUUGAAGAAGGAACCCUCUGGUGGCAUGCCCAUAGUGACUGGACAAGAAACAGUGUCCAUGGUGCCAUUGUCAUUUAUCCUGCAACUGGAACUACUUACCCCUUUCCCAAGCCCGAUGACGAAGAAAUUAUUGUACUUGGAUCAUGGUAUAAAGAAGAUAUCCGCAAAGUUGUUCUUGAGGACCUCCAAACUGGUGUGGACAUACCAAACUCAGAUGCUUAUGUUAUCAAUGGCCAACCAGGAGAUUUUUGCGAAUGCUCUAAUGGAACAACAUAUCGCAGGGUGAUUGAUUAUGGCAAGACCUAUCUUCUUCGCAUAGUCAAUGCAGCAAUGGGCGCGAAUCUCUUCUUUGCUAUUGGUCAGCACAACAUCACAGUUGUUGGAAUGGACGGAAACUACCUCAAACCCGUAGCAACACCAUAUAUUGUGAUAUCCCCCGGACAAACCAUGGAUGUUUUACUCACAACAAACCAGUCAUCGGGUCACUACUAUAUGGCCGCGAGACAAUAUCACAGUCUAGAUACUAGCAGCUUUGACAGAACAAAUGCUACCGCGAUUCUCGAGUAUAGAGGCAACUAUACUCCUCCAGUUUACGCUUCCUUCCCAUCAUAUCUUCCUUCAAGUGAUGACUUUGUUGCAGCAGACAAUUUCUUGGAUCAACUAAGGAGCUUGGCAUGUCCACAAUAUCCGGUUAAGGUUCCGGAAAAUAUCACUACUAGUAUGCUCAUUAUACUUUCUCAGAAUGCCUUUUUCCUAAAUGGUUCACUAGAAUAUUAUAAGAUCGCUACAAGCAUGAACAAUAUCAGUUUCGUGAACCCUACCACCGACGUUUUGGAGGCCUAUUAUUGGAACAUGAGUGGGGUUUAUACCACAGAUUUUCCAGACAAGCCGUCUUCAUUUUUUGACUUCACAGAAGUUAGUGAUUCUUUGGUUUAUGCUGCAGCAACAACGAAAGGGACCAAGGUGAAGGUUUUGAAUUACAAUGAAGCAGUGGAGAUAAUAUUCCAAGGGACCAAUUUGUUGGCUGCCCCAGAAACUCACCCAAUGCAUUUUCAUGCCCAUGACUUCUACGUGGUCGGAUCCGGAUACGGGGAUUUCGACCCAGAAAUCGAUCCAAAAAGCUACAAUUUGGUUGAUCCACCUCAAGUGAAUACAUUUGCAGUCCCUAAGAAUGGAUGGCUUACCAUCAGAUUUGUGGCCAGCAAUCCAAGUGUAUGGUUUUGGCAUUGUCAUUUUGCUAAGCAUUUAAGUUGGGGUAUGAGACGAGUUUUUAUACUAACAGUUUUUAUAGUAAAAAAUGGAGACACUCCUGGGACGAGUGUUCGCGAUCUCCCACCUAACUUGCCUCGGUGUGAAGUUUCAUUCACUAAUUGGCUCCGACAAUUUUUUCAUUCGGAUGGAAAAGAAAUAUAA